AUGGUGAACUUCCGAUUGUUAAGAAAUUCAUCUAGUAACCUCCAUCUUUCUCUUUUCUCAUUACAACUUCAUUUUGUUGUUAUUUGGCUUCUAUGUGUUGCUUUGUUUGUUGACGCGGGUAAGAAUCAUGAAAAAAGCCAUUUACCUUUUCAUAAAAACCAGUUACCUCUUCGUAAAAUUCAUGAAAAAAGUCAACUACCUCUUCAUAAAAUUUAUGAAAAAAGUCAGUUACCCAUUCAUGAAAAAAAUCAGUUACCCAUUCAUGAAAAAAGCCAAUUAUCCUUUCAUAAAAACCGAACUCUUAAUAAAAAUGCCCUCAACGAAUUUACAUCUUCUUUUUGGAAAUUCCACAGGGAGGAUGCAUUUAGGGAGGCGCCAUUGUCGUUAAGUUUAAAUUUGUUGCCGUCAAAUACAAAACAGAAUUUCUCUUCCAGUAAAUUAUGUGAUCCUAAUGUGAAACAGUAUUCUGGUUAUAUACAAACUUCUGACGGUUCAAACAUGUUUUUUUGGUUCUUCGAAUCGCGAAAUAAUCCGACGAGCUCUCCUCUUACAUUAUUUCUUAACGGUGGUCCCGGGUGUUCUUCGAUGAUUGGAUUAUUUCAAGAAAUAGGGCCUUGUACUUCUCUACCAAACGGAACUAACACCACCAUAAAUCCUUAUAGUUGGAACAAUGUUUCAAAUCUAUUAUUUGUUGACCAGCCAAACGGUGCUGGAUUUUCGUAUGGCAGCAAUUAUACGACGUCAUCACAACAAGCAGCAUCCAAUAUUUAUGAAUUCUUGAAGAGUUGGGUUUCUUACUUUCCAGAAUACGCGGGUUUACCCUUCCAUGUAUUCGGUGAAUCUUACGCAGGCCAUUAUACAACAAUGAUAUUAUCCAAUACUAAUGAUGUGUCGUUACUCAAUUUACAAACCUCAUUGCUUAGUCUCAAUAUUGGUUCAUCAGGUUCAUUGAUGAAUCUCAAAACUAUUGGGAUUGGUGACGGAUGGAUUGAUCCUAUGAUCCAAUAUGCUUCACUUAUAGAUUAUUCUCAACAAAAUUCUUUACAUUCUUCCGAUGUUCUUGCAAACAUGAGUACGGCAUAUCCAACAUGUAAAAGCUUACUCUCAACAUGUUAUAAUACAAGUACUAAUAAAGACUGCAGUAGUGCUGAUGACUAUUGUUACGAUCAUGUUUUCACUCCGUUCGCCUCAAAUUUGAAUUGCAAUAUCGAUGACAUUAGAGCGUCUUGGGAUAGUUCUCCACCAGAGGAUUAUAUCAAUUACUUGUCCAGGCCUGACGUUAUGAGUGCAAUUGGUGCUAAAAUACAAUAUACCGAAUGUUCAGACGACGCCUAUAUGGCUUUUACGGAGACUGCGGAUUUGCAAGUUGCAAGGACCACUAUGAACCAAAUUAUCCAAAUUCUUAAUUAUGGUAUUCCUACUUUACUUUAUUUUGGUGAUUCCGAUGCAAAUUGUAAUUGGAUUGGUGGACUGAAUAUAUCUAAAUCUCUCAAUUGGAAAUAUAAAACCAAUUUUAAUUCUGCGACAUUACGAAAUUUUAUAGUCAAUAAUAAACCAGUUGGUCAAGUUCAAUCUUCAAAUUGUUUAACUUUUCUCAAAAUGAAUCAAGCUGGUCAUGAAGUACCAUUUUAUCAACCACAAAAUUCACUUCAGAUGUUUACACGUUGGAUAAAUAAUAGACCGAUGUAA